UUUCCGAGGAAAGAUGAGUAAUAAUAUGUUUAUUCUUUUCAGGAUGAAUUAUUCAAAAUUCAUAUCAGCAGUUUCGGCCAGAAGAAAACCGUCAGGAAUCAGUGACUUGCAAUUGUUGUUGACUACGCCAUCGCCGUCAAUGGUGUGGUUGGCCUCAGGGAUACCUAACCCAAAACAGUUUCCUUUCAAGAAGGUGAGCAUCACCUUACAAGAUGAUAGGUUGCUCACCCUCACACCAGACAUGCUGUGCUCUGCUCUCCAGUAUGGUCCUACACCAGGAUAUACACCACUGUUGAAGCAGCUCAAAGCUAUGACAAAACUUCAUCACUCUCCACCAAAGUGGGAAGAAUGCGACAUCUUAGUUACAGCGGGGUGUCAACAAGGUCUGUCUAUAGCCUUCGAAAUGUUGCUCAACCCAGGAGACAUUGUUGUGGUCGAGGACCCUUGCUACUCCGAUGUUCUCUGUAUGUUGUCAGCUAUGUCGCCGCAGUAUCUGGCUAUACAAGUUGAUGAACAAGGCAUGAAGCCGGAUCUACUUAGAGCUGAGUUAACAAAAGCUGUUAAGGAGGAAGCCAGUGGUAUACCUAAGGUGAUGUACCUGGUGCCCAAUGGCAGCAACCCCACUGGAACUACCAUGAGCCUGGAGCGCCGUCAAGCUCUCUAUGAUAUUGCGUCUGAUUUUGACCUUAUUAUCCUGGAAGAUGAUCCUUACUACUACUUUCACUAUGAACAAGAGCAUCAGGAUCCUUUGCCAAGUUUUCUUAGUAUGGACACCGAUGGUCGAGUCCUUCGCUUCGACUCGUUCUCCAAGAUAGUAAGUCCUGGGCUGCGUGUUGGGUAUGUGACAGGUCCCUCGCCACUCUUGGAGAGGAUCAACGUUCACCUUCAAGCCAACAUCAUAUGUGCACCCAUGUUGUCUCAGGUGUUGAUGAGUGAGUUGUUAAGAGACUGGGGAGAAGAUGGCUUCCAGAAGCAUAUAGCAAACCUGCGUCAAUUUUAUCGUGACCAGAGGAAUAACAUGGUACAAGCUGCCCAGACACAUCUCACAGGUUUGUGUGAAUGGACGGUUCCUAAGGGAGGUAUUUUCUUAUGGCUUAAGGUACCUAACUUACAAGACACUGGACCAAUGUUGAUGAAAGGGGCAAUAAAACGAGAAAUUAUACUUGUUCCUGGGAAAGAGUUCAUAGUGGACUGCAGCAAACCAUGCCAGUACAUGAGAGCAGCCUUCUCAUGCGCCACCUCUGACCAGUUGAUGAAGGGAAUGGAGAGUCUUGCUAAACUUAUAAGAGAGGAAUUAACAGUACAGAACAUGCAAGCUAUGAAACCAUAAACCAAGUGACCCAGGACACCGUAGUCUUGAUCACAACAUUGCUGAAAUGCUGCUUCACUACGCUUACUGAACUUCUAAAUGGAAUUUGAAGUACAUUUGUGUUGCCCUUAUACAUUUAUUUGAAUUAUUAUAUUCAUGGAGGUUCUCUAAACCCGUAGGGGUCAUACAAUAUCUUGGAAAUUGAAGGUGAUUAAACCUUCAGUUCGCGAGGCUGUGUGUGUGUGUGUGUGUGUGUGUGUGUGUGUUAGGAGUAAAUUAAGACGAAUGUUUUUUAGGACCUAUCGAGCUGUUGUGAAGCGAUUCAGGGAAACCGGUUAGCCGGAGGUGGGAAGGGUUUGGGAUAUUGACUGUUUGGAGUGACGUAUAAACUGUCGUAUCUGAGUGCCUUUGCAGAUAUAUACAUACAUA